GAUAUCUUUUGUUUGGGACUUUUUGGUGGUUAUAUUACCUGAGAUUACAAAACCUCAGCCAUUGUUGUCGAUCAAAUUAUUUAUUAUCGGAAAAAAAGUUCUAAAAAAAUGGAAGUAGGAGGAAAGAAAAUGGAACACGAGAUCGGAGGGCUAAAAAACGAUGCACUUCGUUUCGGACUGCAAGGCGUCAAGAGUGACAUCGUUGGAUCUCAUCCUCUUGAGUCCGCCUUCCAAUCGGCGGUUGUGAGAGAAGAGCAGAUGAAAAGGAAAAUCCUUGCAAACACAUAUGGUUCAGCUUUCCCUUUACGCCAGGAGCUUGACCGAAAAAUACUUUCUAGAUUUCAAAGGCCUCCAGGGCUUAUCCCAUCCUCCAUGCUUGGAUUAGAAUCUUUGACAGGAGCUUUGGAAGAUUUUGGAGUUGAAGAUUACCUCCAAGGAGUUCAUGACACUGAAACAAUGCGGGCACCAGACAUGCAUCAUGGAAUGGAAGUUCGUGUUGGGCUCUCAAAAGGACCAGUUCAUCCCAGUUUCAUGUGAGGCAGUGGAGAGUAUGUGUAUGCAUAAUGUUCUGCCUCAUCUUUGAAUUUCUACCUUGUAGUCAUUUGUGGUUUGACUUUGAAAAUGAACCUUAGUACUGGCAUAUCUUCGUUGUGAUCUUUACCGUUAUUAGAUGCAUGGCAAACAUGUUUUCAGUUUUAAUGUGUUAUUUAUCUGUACUGCCCUAUCACAAAUACCGUUUCAUAUGGAAGGAGAAUUCUAUUGUUGACAUGUAAUCUAAUGAAUCAGGUAUAUUGGCUUUCAAA